AGGAUAGGAUUGUAACCUAAAUAAGCGCCAUCUAACAGUAUUUUGUCUUGUUUUACAGGAACAAGAGAGGCAGGAUGAAUCCUGGGACUUGGAGGACAUGCCCUAAUGGUCUCCUCUAUUCGAGUCCAAUGGUACACCCACGCCUCCUUCUGCUACUACUGCUGCUGCUGCUGCUCUUCCUGCUAGCAGGGGCCCAGGAGCCACCACCCAACUACUCUCAGGACAUGUUACCUGAUACCAACUUCACUUGUAAUGACAAGGCGACAGGUGGCUACUAUGCUGAUCCUGAAGCCAGCUGUCAGAUGUUCCACGUGUGUGUCAGAGUGUCUGAUGAAGAGAUCCGCGACUUCCGGUUCGUGUGUCCCAACAAUACGGUGUUUGAUCAACAGAAUUUUAUUUGUACGAACUGGUGGGAGAUAGACUGUAAGAGAUCAACGAGAUACUACAGCAAGAAUGAUCUCUUCAGGGAGGCUGAAACUACAACUGAAGCUGUGUAUGAGUAUGAGAAGCCGCUCUCUUACUAUGAGUACAUGUAUGAUGAGUAUAGUGACACGCAGUCAAGAAAUAGACCCGAUUAUGGGUUAGACUAUUAUGACCAGGAUGGUAGACAGCGGUACGAGCGAGCGAGGAGUAGACAGGGUAAAUCACAAGAUGGUAGUACCACUAGUUCUACGGCAACUCCAUUCACAACACCUGUGACUACUACUACUACUACUACUACCACUACUACUACUACUACUACUACCACAACGACUCCUAAACCGACUACUACAAGUACAACAACUAUUACCAACACAGCGCCUCUGAUCACCACUUCACGUCCCUUCCUCAGUUUUCCUCCGGCUUUUAAGGUGGGGAAACCUGUGGUCAGUAUCAGCAGCUCUGUUUCACAUAAAUCCAACCAUGACCAUACCUCAGGAUUUUCCAGGUUCCAGAAUCCUUCCAGGAUUGAAUCGUCAUCAACAAGAGCUAUCCGUCAAGAGACAUUAAGAGAUGAUGAGGUUGAUGAACUGUAUGAUGGAGUUGACGACCCAUUUGCUCACUAUGACUGGCGAAGAGACUCUUCAGGUGUAACAGCCUCCACUAAGACCACAUAUGAACAACGUUUUGGGGCCAGCAGUCGAUCUAGACAGCAUCCUUCAAUGUACUCAACUGCUACCAGGAACCAAGACUCUACAUCGACCUCCCUUAAGAAUAAAAAUUAUCUCGGUGACUCCAGUGAGAGUAGCAGCAAUAUCAGUCACACCAACAACAGAGAAAGUCACACCAGCAACAGAGAAAGAUAUACCAGCAGUAGAGGGUCAACAUUCUUCUCCAACAGCAGGAGGAUACGGCCGCCGGCAGCAGAUCCUGGACGUGAAGAGUUCUCCAACUUCCGCUACUACAGAACAGCCUUCGGGAACAUGUCUUCAGCAGCGCCACCUCCCUCCACAAGCCCUUCACCUCCUAAGUACAGAUCCUCAACGUCCAGGUCAACCUCCGUAACAGUUUCUCCCAUAAUAAGAUCAACCUCUUCAGUGUCUUCGUCCUCUUCAUCUUCAAGCACAAGAGUUCGUCCUGCUGGUUACAUUUCUUCCAGAACCGCUUCAAGAAACACAAGAUAUGCACUUUAUGGCUGAACUCUGCACUACAAAACCCCAGCUGUGAAUACCAAUAGAAAUAAGUUCUUGGGAUUACACAACACACAGUGCUGGGCACUUAACAUAUAUCUUCUUAAUCAAAAUCUGGCUGGUCAGAUUGCAGGAAUAAGUUUUUAGUGCUCAAUAGUUAUUAGAAGACCCAAAAACAGUGUUUGAUACUGACAUAUAGGCGAGUCACAGUGGGUGACUUGAAGGAAUAACCUACAGUUGAUGAAAUACAUUAUCUAACUUAAAUGGAUGGAUAGAAAGGCGAGUGAAUACUGGAUGGAGACACCAGGAGUAGAGAGGUAAAAAUGAGAAAAUCAGUCCCUCAGCCUUGACGAAGCAGCUUUGAGCUGCAAUGAAUGAGCAGAAGCAGAUGAGCUCCUUGAAGUGAGCUACAGCUGAUGAGUACAAUGUAUGAACUCCAGGGGAUGAUCUCAAGAAGAUGAAUCACGGUGAAUGUGCUAGAAUGGAAGCCAGAAGUCUGCAGGAAGAAACUUCUGUAAAUUUUGGGAGAAUGAGCCGUGGACAGACUAGGGUCAUGUCUCUGGUGGCCUUAUAAGGAGCUCGGUAUCUAGGUUUCAAUCCUAUCGACUACACGAAGCUUAUUAAGGCUACACAUCACCUGUACAUCAACCAGUCAGGACUACUGUAUUACCCGAAAUAUGGAUUAAAAUUAUCAAUCACUCUGUGUAUAUACACUGAGAGAUGUAUACGUCUCUGUGUAUAUACACUGAGAGAUUUACACUUCUCUGUGUAUAUACACUGAGAGAUGUGUAC